AUGGAGAUGGUGCCUGGCAGCUGGCCCGACCCGAAAGUGUCCUCCAACAUUAAGCUCCGAAACCGAGGCUCAGCUGCAUCCAGGGGGGCCCCCGGCAAGCCCUUACCCCCCUCUCCUCUCCAGGGGCGCCCCAACCCUCCGAAGCAGAAUUGGAGGGGAGGAAAGGGGGUUAGUUGAAUACAACCCAGGGCCCACGAAUUAUCACAUUUUUAAACUCGAUAUGCCCUCCAUACAUGCAUAUAUUUCUAUUGUCGCACUAUGCAGCGCAGCCAAAAUACUGAAUUUUCAGAAUUUCGAAAAUCUGUACAUGGUAGCAAAGGUGUCAGAUCCAGUUCUCCAGUAAGGCUGACCUGAAGUCUUCCAUCCCAACUGUUCAUGUGGCAGGUACAUUCUAGGAUUCGGCACACAUUUCUAAAAUGACAGCAACCUUGCUGAUAGGAAUUAAGUACUAUGCAACAAAUGUAUUUUCAAGAUGAACAGUUGAAAAUGCAUUUGUAGUUAUUUAUAAUAAUAAUAAUAACAACAACAACAGCAAUUUAUUUAUACCCCUCCCAUCUGGCUGGGUUUCCCCAGCCACUCAGGGCAGCUCCCAACAGAAUAUUAAAAAAUGAUAAAACACCAAACAUUAAAAAACUUUCCUAAACAGGGCUGCCUUCACAUGUCUUCUAAAAGUCAGAUAGUUGCUCAUUUCCUUGACAUCUGAUGGGAGGGUGUUCCAAGGGUGGGAGCCGCUACCAAGAAGGCCCUCUGCCUGGUUCCCUGUAAACUCACUUCUCGCAGGGAGGGAACUGCCAGAAGGCCCUCGGAGCUGGACCUCAGUGUGCGGGCUGAACAAUGGGGGUGGAGACGCUCCUUCGGGUAUACUGGGCCGAGGCUAUUUAGGGCCGUUUAUUUGGAGAAAAGUAACUUAAUUUCAAUUCAGUUUUAUAAUCUUUGUUAUUGAAGAGGAAGUAAAAACCCAGUAGCCAAAAUAUUUAAUUUAUAGGGAUUAGCAUAUGAAAUCUUUGGAAAUCUUUCUCCUAGCAAUAACUAAUUAGAGACCAAUUCAAAAGUUUGUGUGUAGAAGUAUCUUGCAGCCCAUAUUUUCAACACUAUUCUGGGAUGGAUCUAUCUUCUGGGACUAGUACGUCCUAAAAGUAUGUAAUACUUACAAAAAUAACUGGGGGUGGGGAGAGCAAAAUCCUUGGAAUAACAGAGGUGGAACAUUUUAGGGUUGUGGCUUCCGGCUUCAUCUUCAAUGGUGAAGCAAGACCCCAAAAUACUAGGACAUACACAUACCUAGAGAUAUUUGGGAGCUACUGGAUGUUGAUAGCUUUACUUAGGAGUGUAUUUAAAAUAGUUACAAGCACAGACAGAAUAUAAAUUAAAGAAUUGGGGAAGUAGAGGGCAUGGAAAGAGGACUAGUAACAAUUGAUCCACCCAUCCAAAUCACCAAAACAAUAACCUGUGAUCCUGAAUGGAGCAGUCUGGAGCCUGGGGGUGGUUAAUGUCUUGUGGACUAUACAAAUUAAAUGGGAGUACAAAUGGCUGCAAACACAUAGUAAACCAGUGUGGAUGGGGCAACAACAGAAAGAAAGAAAGUUUGUGGGGAAUAAAUAAAUUUAACCAGGGAUGAAUGUGAACAAAUGACAUCACAUGCUCCCACGUAGGCUUAGUUUUAUUGGAGGAGAGUUGAUUCUAAAUACAAGUAUCACGAAAACAAGAAUUGAAAUAUGAGAGGUGUAUGCACUCAAGAAGGGAGUUCUAGGUAUAAAAUAUGUAGCAGCAAGGGAGAAUGGAUAAGGAUCUUUUAAGAGAGCAGGAAACAUUGCUAAACUGCAGAAGCAAAGGUCAGAGUAUCCUGGGAAAUGGCAGAAAUAUAAGGCAUAGCUUAUAAUCUACUUGUACAAUACUUCUUGUAUCAACAAGAGGAGCAGAAUGUGGAGGGCAUCUGGGUAGUGGGAAAAUUUAGUGGCAGAUGCUGAUACAAGUUCUAGAUGCAGAAACAAGGAAAGGUGCAAUACUGAGAUUCUAAAUGUAUUAGACAUAUCAGCUAUGCCACUGUCUUUAAACCUGAUAGUAAUCUCAGCAGUAGAUCUCACUGAUUAUUCUCUAAGCAAAUUGAGAAUCAAUCUGGUAUUUUCUUAUUUGUGAGAGUUAUUUAUUCAUUUAUUCAGUUUAUUCAUUGCUUUUUACACGAAAAUGACUCAGACGACUUACAAAGUAGGGUACAGGAAAAUUAUAAACAGCUCAGAGGGGUUUUCUUUUUUUACAAUCAAAUGGGAUAUAAAUAAAUAAAUAAAAUAAAAACCAAAUAUAGGAACAGCAAUAAAAGAAGAACUUAAACUGUUUGCUUAUAAAAAGGACAAAUCCAACCCCCCCAACUAAAAGGCUAAGCACAAAAUAGGUGUCUGCUAGGAGGCUGAAAAAUCAAACAGUCCAGAUGGGAUUGCAUCUGCACAACAGUGAUUAUAACUCUCAACUUUAAAUAUGCUAAUAGAAAUAGCAAGGAAGGCAGUGAGUGAUCUUGUGGUUACACUGCCAUGCAGGAAAUAAUAAAGGUCGUGUGCUCCAUGCAAAGAAAGCAAGAUGCUGACUGAGGCCAAUAUCUUAUGGAAUGAUGGGGGCCAUUCUGUUGAUAGAAAAUGUCUUUGUGUUCAAAGGAGAGAAUAUGGAGAUUCGGAAGGAAAUGUGUCCAGAGAGCUAA